UCGAACGCUGGUCCUGUGCGAGAGCAAUUGCGAGCUUUUUCGAAUUGGCAAGGCAAGAAUCAUCAUUGCCAUUGUCGUCCGUCACCAUGGCCGCCAUUCAUACUGCAACCUCGUCGAUACUGUCCUCCUUCCUCCCUCGAUUCUCCGUAUCCACAGUGACCAGAGCUUCGAGAUACACCACCUUAUAUUCACGGCAGCUCUCACACCCGUUAUUACCCUCACUAGCAUUUGCAAUCCCUUCUGCCAUACAACUCAAUGUUCCGGGACUACUGGGUGGGAUAUGGGAAUCGAUACUCCGGGCUGUGCCGAAGAAGAAGACAUCACAUAUGAAGAAGAGGCACAGACAAAUGGCAGGAAAAGGAAUGAAUGACGUGACCGCUCUGAACAAGUGCUCUGCUUGUGGGCAUGUAAAGAAGGCGCACUUUCUCUGUCCGUAUUGCGUUCGAGAGAUCCAGGAUAUGUUCAAGGGGAAGACGAACAAAACCACAUCAGACAAGCCGACGGAUGAAUAAUGAGGGAUAAUAUUUGAGAUGGAGGAAGUGAAGCUGGGUUGUGGCAUAGCAUUUGGCGUUUUGGGAAUGGGAAGUGGUUGUAGACUAGGCUUCAAUGCGACUUAAAGAUUGUACAAAUAUUGUACUUAAGGCGUAAGAAGAUAUUGCAAUCAAAAGACUUCAUGCAAAGCUUGAUCAAAUAUUGCAUGUUGGCGUUUUC